GACUCGAGCAAAAAACCGCAACUAUGGAUUCCAGCCAAGUCAAGCAGGCCGUUAUGAAGCAGGUCCAGCAGGAGGCCAACCUGGUCAACGCUCGGGCACUCAUCGAGAAACUCCAGGAGAAUUGCUUCGAAAAGUGCGUCCCCAAGCCCGGUUCUUCCCUCUCGAGCAGCGAGACGACUUGCAUGACCAGCUGCAUGGAAAAGUACAUGGCCGCUUGGAACAUGGUCAACUCGGCCUACAUCGCCCGGUUAAAGCAAGAGUCCGGUCAUUAAGAAGCGCCAACGAGAAAACAAAAAGAAAGAAAACGAGCUUUGCUGGUCGCUUUUUCACCAAAGGACGAAUUGCGACCUCGGAGGAACGCGGAAUUGUACCAUAUUGUUACAGUAUAUGUCUGGGUUGAGACAGACUCGAGGCGCAUAUCUGGACUAGGACGUAGGAGAGAAGACUGUGUACGAGGGGGGUAUCAAGCAAAUAUCAGGGCGGCACCAAUGGAAUAGACGCGCUGGAGCAAUGGUGGCAGGCAUAAUGUAUCAAGAGUCAUGGAUGUCAUGAUAUAUAUACACUCUUCUUUUUC